GCCCUCCUCUACCGUUUCCCGAUUGCUAUGUCUCUACACAAGCGUUGACAUGGUCGUCACUAAACCGCAGCCUAUCGACCCCAUUAUAUCUGAGUCGCGCGAAGGAAAGCCGUUCUCUAGCGGGCUAUGCAUUAACAUGGCAGUGGUCGUCAAGCAUCUUCCGAUCGCGAUCAAUGAAAUCCAGCAGCCAAUACCUAUUUCAGUGCUCAAGAGCGCCUCGUCGAGGCUACUACAAUACGUUGUUUCGCAUGGCCAAAACGUGUACCUUGAUUGGGAGAGUAGUCAGCUUUACAUCCUGUUCGACACGACGGACUCAAAAGACGGUGUUGAGAUUCCGAUUUGGGUGAUCAUCUGGAUCCUGGGCAGCAUAGUCAUCUCUGCUGUUGCUUGGGGGUUAAGCGAAAUGCUCCUCUGUCUGCCCUAUGACGUCAGGUUGACGGGACUGACCAUCCUGUUGGAGCUGGGCUUUCCUGGUCUUUCCAACAGAUGUACAGGCAUCGGCACUAAUGAUAAUAAUUUACAUGUAUUUAUUCAGAGUAGCAGUAGGGCAGAAAGGAAGAGCGGUAGGGGAGCAGAAGGAUUAAAACUAGAAAGGGUUGACAGAAAAAUGUUGGAAAAGAAUUCGUUUUAUAUUUCUCUGUGGGAAUAGAGUGUUCUUUUAGUUUUUGUCAUGAACAGUUUUCUACUAAAGCCGGAAUAAAUCCACGAGCAUCCUAGAGCCAGCGCGGGCAAAGGUCGCGCGAGGCAGGCAAGGGGCGGGCAAGGCAGUAUGAAGGCGGGCAAGGGGGCGGCGAAGUCUCUAUCUUGAAAUGUAAUGGAUGCUAAUUGUUCACAUUUUUUUUAUUAUCGACG